AUAGGUCUCUGUGUGUGUGUGUGUAUAUGUAUUAAUUGUGGGUGUUUGGUGUCGGAUACAGGCAUGUCACAGCUGCGCUUUGGAGCUCUAGAGCUCUCACAGAGCCAGGACUUUGAGAGUGACUUCGUGCCCAGCGAAGGAGGUGCCGAGCAUCAGUUCCACCCUGGAGCUGCUGUCCCUUCUUCCAGAUGUGAGAAGAAUGACACUAAGGAUGAACUGUGUGGUGACAGCACAGAAACUGUCUCCAGCACAGAAGCACAUACUGCUUUGGAGGGCCAGCCAGAGAAAUCUGAAAGAACUCUGCAGGAAGCAGAAGAGCAUCCCAGGAAACAAAUGCCUGUCUGUGACCCCGCUAAAACGGAGAAAUCCCUGGAUUCUGGUCACGAGGAGUUGGAUAUCUUGUCAACUCAGGAAGAGAUGUUUCCUGAGAAUGACGUGACAGGGAGUGGCUGUCCAAUAACCAGGGCGGAAGAGGAAGGUUCUUUGCCGUGCACCCCUGCCCGCAGCCUGCAGCUCCUGCAGCUCUCUGGACAGAGAUCCCAUGUCCAGGAGAGUCGUUCCAUCGUCUCUUCAGCCACAGUUAAUCCUCCUCCUGUUGCCCUUGGAUCCUGUGCUCUUGUCCCCAGCAGUCCUACCGAACAGGAGCAAGCAAAAGAUGAACAGAUGGAUAUAUCUGUCCCUGCAGAAGGAAGAGAGCUGAUGCAGAAGCAGAGAGGAGAUAUGCUUGUGGAGGUGGCCACCCCGUGUAUCCCACCAGGACCUCUCAUCCUGCCGCAGGCCUCGACUCCAGUGUCCCAGAGUGCCCCAACCUUCUUUCCUGGAUCUUUACCGUCACAACCAGAGUUCUCUCAUGAUAUCUUUGUUCCAACUCCAAGCCCAGAGAAGCAGCAUGAAGCAGAAGGAAAAGCUGCUCCUUUAACCGACUCUGUGUUGCAGCCCUCUGAGUCCUGUAAGCUGCUGCUUUCUGCGAGUGAGUGUAGCCAGCCCACAGAUGCAGAGCUCAGCUCCGGCUCUCUGAACACAGGCCGAGACAGCGAAACCAAGCAAGUAGAGAUGGUUUCCGAAUGCAAGGCCUCAGACUUGGAACUCUGUUCUGCGGAGAACGACAACAUAAAACAGAGGCUGGAUGGAGGUGAUCAAGAACUGUCUGAAAACUGUGAAAAAACAGAAAAGGAGGAUUUACAGACUGCAGGAAAGCCUGUAACGCAGUUAGUCCGUGCAGAUGUGGCAGGAGAUGGGUCGUUAGCCCCUACGGCUCGUCGCAAGAUGGAGUGUAUUUCUGGCAGUCAGGCUGCUCCAGAUCAGUCUGGUCUGCCUGAGAUUGUGUCGUGCACUCAGAAGAGAGAAGUGCAGUCUGAGGAUUAUCCAUUGGAAGAGACUUCUGAGCCUGAGGCAGUUCCUGAGACUCAGUGUGAAGAACAAGAAGAAAAACUGCAAGUGAAAGAGAAAGAAAUAAAUGAAGAUGGGCCCCUUGUUGAUAUUACACUUUCUCAAAGGUUUAUUCCUGAAGGGGAAGUACAGUGUCAUGAAGACAUGGAAGUGGAAUUUGCUGAUGGUUCUUGUAAAAAUAGCAAAAGUUUGUCUGAUCAGGCCCAAGAAUUAGAAGAAAUUGGACCAGAAAGCCAGGGAAAAGAGACUUCAAAAGGCUGUACUUUUGGCACUUUAGAGGCAAAGAGCAUGGAUAAACGGGCCUCUAAGGCUGCUGUGGAAGACAUGUCAAAGCUGAAUAAAGUUUCAUCUAAGCCUUCUGUAGGGGAGUUACUGGAACAGCACAACAGCUUGCUUCCAAAGUUAAAGAGCGACGUUCCAUUGGAAGUGGGGUUGUGUGCCAAAAAACAUCCAGGUUGUUCAGAAUUAGGACAGACAAUGGUAACAGAGAGUCAGCCACCCCUUCAGGAGAGAGGGGCUGACGUGCUGGUGACUCAGCAGGAGAAUCAGGUGCCAAAGAAUACGGAGGAUGCUGUUGUGACAAGGAAUCUGGAGCAAGAGGAGCAGAUGCAGCCGCAGGAGAAGGCAGCUGCUAAAUCCCCCAGUCCUUCCAGCGGAACCCUGUUUCAUUUUACUUUGACGAAGGAGGGUGACACCGUUCAGCCCUUGACCAGCGUAACGCCACCUCUUAUGGGCCAGCUUAAAAUGGGACCCAGAAGGCACAGCACGCCCAUUGAGCCUACAGCCAGCGACAGGAAAGAUGGAUCCUCGGGGGCUGCUGCCAGCUCCCAGAAAGCAUCAUCUGUGUUUAGUCGUGUCUGUGAAGUUCGUCGAGAGGAUGAGGCCAGAGGUCAUGGUCUUUCCGCUUCUCCGUUUAGGGGGAAUCUGUUCAGUUUUCCUGGCACACAAGAAGAUGCUGAAUUACAUAAAAAUCCCAGUGGCUGGCAGUACCAGCAGCGCAAGGCAGAUGACAGUGGUAGACAGGUCCUGACUCCUCAGAGGAUGCAGCAGGACUGCCAUCAACAGCCUUCUGGCGCAGAGGAUGGGGAGCCUGCGGAGACUGGUGUUGUAACCACUCAGAUAGAAGAAGGGAGAAGAAUGCGGAAGAAACCAAGUGAGGCUGUGAAAGUUGAUGGAAGCCGAGAGAGGUGGGCAAACACCAGGAAUAAAGGGACUCAGACUACAGCAGACUGUCUUUUUACCUCAACAACUGUUACAAGAGAAACACAAACGUCAGAAGAAAUCUGUAGGCAGGUGGAAGUGGGAACCAGUAUGUCUGGGCAAAGACCUGGGCGACAAGAUGCGAAUGUCCAAACUGAGGAGAGUGGGGAAAAGCUUGUGAACGCCUCUGGAGAGGACACAGAUUCUCUGCACAGCCAGGGAGAAGAGGAGUUUAACCUUCUUCACGCACCCAAAGGCCGAGUUUUGCAUCGCCACAGGCGAACUGUUCGAGAAGUGCGCACUGUCACGCGUGUGAUAACAGAUGUUUACUACAUAAACGGUGUGGAGGUGGAACGGAAGGUGGUUGAGGAAACUGAGGAGCCUGUAGUGGAGUGCCAGGAGUGUGACACUGAUACAUCCUCCUCUAGAACCCCAGUGGGCUCGUCGCUGACCUCAGGACAGCUUGGUGACGUCAGCUCCUUCUCGUCUAAGGCCUCGAGCCUCCACCGUACAUCCAGUGGGGCGAGCAGCCACUCUGUCGCGCACAGCAGCAGCAGCAGCUCAGGUCAAGGAGCUGGAGCUGUGAAAGGGAAAGGAUGUGUGACAGAAGCUGCAGAGUUUGCUUUACCUGUUGGCAGAGGCGUCUUAGGAAAAUUAAGUCCCAGGAAAGGAGCUGGUCAGCCAGCGUCUCCGCUCAGAGUUAGCCAGACAGGAGCACUGCCUUGUGAGGAAGAGGAGGACUCCAUGUCUGGUACUCGUCACGGGGGCAGAGCACCUCUGACACCUCGUGGGCGAGGAAGAAGAGGCCGCCCACCAUCUCGGACAACAGGAACAAGAGAUUUAGCUGGACUGCCGGGUGUGGAGGAUCUCUCAACUACAGCAUCACCCGAGGAGAAGUCAUUUACUCGUUCAGUUCACCUGCCAGAUGGAGGGGAGAAGUCUGACGCUUCUGGCUUCUGUGCCUUACGUCGCAGUGACUCUCCAGAAAUCCCAUUGCACGUGGGGACUGGCCCUUCGGACUGCGCAGACUCAUCCUCUGGGAGCAGCUUUGUGGGCCUCAGGGUUGUAGCAAAGUGGUCCUCAAAUGGGUACUUCUAUUCUGGGAUGAUUACCCAAGAUGUUGGGGCAGGAAAGUACAAGCUGCUCUUUGAUGAUGGAUAUGAAUGUGAUGUGCUAGGAAGAGAUAUUUUACUCUGUGAUCCUAUCCCGCUGGAGACUGAGGUGACGGCGCUCUCGGAGGAUGAGUACUUCAGUGCAGGUGUGGUGAAGGGACACCGGAGGGAGUCCGGAGAGCUGUACUAUUGCAUUGAAAAGGAAGGCCAGAGGAAGUGGUACAAACGAAUGGCUGUCAUCCUGUCUCUGGAACAAGGAAAUAAGCUCCGGGAGCAGUUUGGGCUGGGUCCUUAUGAACCUGUCACCCCCCUGACCAAAGCAGCUGACAUCAGUCUCGAUAAUCUUGUGGAGGGGAAGCGGAAGCGACGUGGUAACAUUGGUUCUCCUAGCACUUCCAGCAGCAGCACAACUCCCACUCGUAAAGGGCAGGAGAGUCCACGCGUCCCACCGGGCACACUGUCUGGGAAAAGGAAACUCGUUGCUUCUGAAGAUGAGAGAUCCCCAGCUAAACGUGGCCGCAAGUCAGCAGUGAUAAAGCCUGGGUCUGUGAGAGCUGGAGAGUUUGUAAGCAGCUGUGAAGGUGCAGAUGCUGUAGACCCCCCACCACUGGAGGACCAUCAUGGACCCUUGCCCCACAAUAAGACCCUCUUCUUGGGCUACGCCUUUCUCCUCACCAUGGCAACACCCAGUGACAAGUUGGUCAAUCACCAGAAGCCAUCAGAUGGUCCUCCAGGGAGCAGUGAGGAGGAAGAAGAUUUUGCAGAGAUAACUCCAUAUGACAAACAUUACAUAGCACAGCAGCUGCGAGCAGGAGCUGGCUAUAUCCUGGAAGACUUCAAUGAAGCCCAGUGUAACGCUGCAUAUCAGUGUCUCCUAAUUGCGGAUCAGCAUUGUCGAACUCGGAAAUACUUGCUGUGCCUUGCCAGAGGGAUCCCUUGUGUGUCUCAUGUCUGGGUCCACGAUAGCUGUCAUGCUAACCAGCUUCAGAAUUAUCGGAAUUACCUUUUGCCAGCUGGUUAUAGCCUCCAGGAGCAAAAAUUGCUGGAAUG